CUCUCUCUCUCUCCAAAACCCUAAAACCCAGAGCCCGGAAGAAGAAGAAGAAGAAGAACAGAUAAGAUACCACUGCAAUGACGGUUAUGUGGUUGAUGAAGAGCCAAUUGAGAUGGCUUGCGAUGUGCUAUCUAUGGCAGCAGGAAGUGGCCCCAAUAAGAUAGGGAACUUCGAUUUGGAUUGAAGGGCAUGAGAAGAGAAUGAGGGGAAGAUCUAAAAGGACUUGGAUACACCUGUCAACCCGAAGCCUUUCUUGAACAAUCUUACUGGGAAGCCUGUCAUUGCGAAGCUUAAGUGGGGAAUGGAAUACAAAGGUUACCUUGUUUCAGUAGAUUCGUACAUGAACUUGCAGCUGGCCAAUACUGAAGAAUACAUUGAUGGACAAUUUACGGGAAAUCUUGGAGAAAUUCUGAUAAGAUGCAACAAUGUUCUUUAUCUUCGAGGUGUACCAGAGGAUGAAGAAAUCGAAGAUGCAGACAAAGAUUAAAAGUGAGAAUUUUUUUCAUGGAGAAGCUGGUCUUCCAUUUCACUCUCAUUCUUCAAUCGGUCUGUAACUUCGAUGUUAGAUUCUAUCUCAUGUCUCACUAAAAAUUACUGUUGUUGCAAGCUUCCAAGUCUCAAGUAAGAUUAUAGUUUGGCAUCUUGUGUUAGGUUGCAGUAUAUUGGUUUUGUUAAGCAGAUCCUUUUCUUUGGAUAUAAUACAAGCUGUUUGGGAAUUUUUCUA